UGGCCGCGAGAAACUCCCUGCACUCCUAUAACGAGCCUGGCACAGUGGUGAACCGCUUUCCCUGUUGUCCGUGUCCAAGUGGAUCUUCCCGCCAGCCCUAGAGCUUUCUUUAUAGGGUUUAGCUGAUUGCUAAAGUCAUGUUUUAGCUUGGGUGAAGAUUAUUGCCUUUGGGCAGUCCUUCUAAACUGGAGUAUAAAAGGCCUUCAUUUUAAGGGUUCCAAAAUCAGAGAUCUUGAGAUUAAAAAUGGCAGGAAAAUCAUCGCUUUUUAAAGUAAUUCUCCUUGGAGAUGGUGGAGUUGGGAAGAGUUCUCUAAUGAAGAGAGAUGUGACUAAUAAGUUUGAUGCCCAGCUCUUCCAUACAAUAGGUGUGGAAUUUUUAAAUAAAGAUUUGGAGGUGGAUGGACAUUUUGUUGCCAUGCAGAUUUGGGACACGGCCGGUCAAGAGCGGUUCAGAAGCCUGAGGACGCCAUUUUACAGAGGUUCUGACUGUUGCCUGCUAACUUUUAGCGUCGAUGAUUCUCAAAGCUUCCAGAAUUUGAGUAACUGGAAGAAAGAAUUCAUAUAUUAUGCGGAUGUGAAAGAGCCCGAAAGCUUUCCUUUUGUGAUUUUGGGUAACAAGGUUGACAUCAGCGAGCGGCAGGUGUCUGCAGAAGAAGCUCAAGCCUGGUGCAGGGACAACGGCGACUAUCCUUACUUUGAAACAAGUGCAAAAGAUGCCACGAAUGUGGCAGCGGCCUUUGAGGAAGCAGUUCGAAGAGUGCUUGCUACCGAGGAUGGGUCGGAUCACUUGAUUCAGACAGACACAGUCAGUCUGCACCGAAAGCCCAAGCCCAGCUCAUCUUGCUGUUGAAGUUCGAGAGGUUGCACGUGCGAUCUAACCAGCUCACACACAUGCACAGAUAAGCACAGGGUGGAGACGAGAAUUCGUGUUUGCAGCGAUGGAUCAUGUACUCAUGAUAUUAAACUAGCCAUAUUGCUGCCUUGUUAGUGGGUGGGAGAAGGGGCACAUCCACUCACAGGAGAAUCUCUUUACUCAGUAAUGGCACCUUACCUUUAUAAGUUGUAACGGUUGUCUAAUAAUGUUUAAUUUAAAUAUGUAUGUCACAGAGCUAAUAAAUGAGAUGACCAAGACUUUAUAAUUAAAACAAAACACUUGAGUAUUCUAGGA